AUGAACACUGAGGAACCGGACCACAAGAGCUCCCCAGCCCUUGGCCUGGUUUUCUUCACCAACACCACCUCUGCUGAGCUUGCCUCGCCCAGCCCUUGGCCCCCGGGGGAGAUACCACAAUCUCUGUCCAUCAUCAUUGCUCUGGCCUGCAUCUUCCUUCUGCUGGCCACUUUCCUGCUCUUUGUCACCCUCUGCAAGCCGGCAGCCAUGGACCCCUCCCGCCACGGCCCCCACGAAUGCAUGCCCUACCACCCGGAGACGCCCAGCGAGCCCCAGCUCCGCUUCUGGAAGCGCCUCGGCUCCCUGCGCCAGUCCAUCCACAGCUUUCGCCGGGGCCGACCUGGCUCUCAGCACCCCGGGCCGCCCACUCACCAGCCCCUACCCGAUCGGGACUGGGGCUUUGUGGAGUCCACCAAGAUGUGA